AUGGCAGACGUCGAAAAAAACGACAUCUCCUUGCCGGAACCCCCGGCCAGGGCCAUUGUCGCAGACCAUGAAAAGGUCAUUGACAACUACUCUUCCAAAGAGGUCCCAUCUAAUGGCUCCGAGUCUCCCAACGUGACUGAUCUAGAGGCUCAGUCCGCGGAGCCCCGACGGAAACGGUUUGCGCACUUCAGAUAUGUGGUGUUUACUGUUUAUCGACGACUGUUCACAUUCGUAUUUUGCGUAAAUCUGGCAGUCUUUCUCUACGUGAUGAUCUCUGAUCGGAAGCUUCUAUCACUCGUGGAUGCGACAGCCGUAAACUUGGUGGCGUGCGGUCUCGCUCGACACCCGAUGAUGGUCAAUGCCAUCUAUAGAGGAGUUUGCUCAAUUCCUCGAACUGCACCCCUAUCUUUGCGGCGCAGGGCUGCCAAGGCUGCCCACUACGGCGGUGUUCACAGUGGCUGUGGAACCGCAUCUUUGGUGUGGUAUAUUGGAUUUGUUGCUGUGCUUUCACAGAUGUAUUGGAGAAACACUCCUAUCAGUACAGUAACAGAUGCCUGUUUCUCGGCCGCGCCAAUUGCCGUCGCCUACUUCACUCUUGUGCUACUUUUCGUCAUGGUGGUCGUUGCACACCCCUCAUUCCGCCGGAAGAUGCAUGAUUACUUUGAGCUGACACACCGAUUCACCUCAUGGCUGAUUCUGGCACUUUUCGUGGCCUUGGUGAUGAUAUUUGCUCAUGAAUCCAGCAGAGCAGCGAAAGAAAGUCUUGGUCAUUUCCUCGUCACUCUUCCUGCAUUUUGGCUGUUAAUUGUGGCCAUCAUCGCCAUAGCCCAUCCAUGGCUACUUCUGCGGAGGGUUCCGGUACAAGCCGAGCCAUUAUCUACGCAUGCCGUACGACUAUCCUUCGACUUUACCCAAAUCAGCUUCGCAAAGGGCGUCCAAGUUUCAAAACACCCUUUGCGCGACUGGCACAGUUUUGCCGGCUUCCCAGAUCCGGUUCCAGCUGCUGUAAGCCCACCUAAAAACAACCCGUCUGGCAACAGCCCAGCUGGCAAGAAACCAUUUGUCAAGGGCCACGGACAUAAGAGAAGCUGGUCCAUCGUGGUGUCAAAAGCAGGAGAUUGGACAGCUGAUACCAUCCGUAAACCACCUACCCACCUCUGGAAGCGCGGGUCGCUGAUGCGUGGUGUUGGAUACGGUCUACGCGUUUUCGACCGCAUUAUCAUUGUCACCACUGGUUCCGGAAUAGGACCCUGUCUCGGAUUCCUAGGCGACAAAAAUCGGCCUAAAAUCAAGGUCAUCUGGCAGACGCGUGACCCGGUGAAAACUUACGGUCAGGAUGUCAUUGAUCUUGUUCAUAAGAUGGGCCCGGAUCCGAUUAUCUUCGAUACCAGUCGCACUGGCCGUGUUGAUAUGCUUCCUACCAUUCGACAGCAAUUCAAGGAAUUCCAAGCGGAGGCCGUGUUUGUGAUCAGUAACCCUGCUGUCACUCAAAGUAUUGUUUACGAGUUUGAAUCACAAGGGAUUCCAGCCUACGGGCCAAUCUUCGAUUCAUGA